AUCACUUCCGGUUCAAAGUGAAUGAAAAUAAUGUUACAGUAGCUAGUUAAUGUAGCUAACGUAAAGGAAAAAUUGUACGACGUCUUAAUAAUACAUUCAAUAUCUUUUAAAUUUUUAUUUUCAACACGCCUUUCAAAUCAAAAAGAAAGAAAGCAGGACGAUGACUACACGCGUUGCAAUUGUGACAGGUGCAAAUAAAGGAAUAGGUUUUGCCAUUGUCGAAUCCUUGUGCAAACAGUUUGACGGGGACGUCAUCUUAACAGGUCGAUCUGAGGAGAGAUGUCAAGUUGCAGUAACUCAACUACAGAAGGAAGGACUUUCACCUAAAUACUAUACUCUCGAUAUUGAUGACUUGAGUUCAAUAAUCAAACUGAAGGAUUUUAUCAAGGAAAACUAUGGAGGGAUUGAUAUAUUGAUAAACAAUGCUGGUAUUUCGAACAAGGUAGGAACUAUUGGCGAGCGAGCUACAACGACAUGUCGCACAAAUUACUUUGGUACCUUGAAUGUUUGUAAUACUUUGUUUCCUCUUCUAAAGCCACAUGCUAGGGUAGUUAAUGUGUCCAGCAUGGCUUCACAAGAAGCAAUUAGUAAGUGCAAUGAAGAUAUGAGGUCAAAGUUCAAACAGCCAAACAUAACUAUGGAUGAAUUGACUGCGUUAAUUCAACAGUUUAUCGAUGCUGCACAAAUUGAUGACCAUGAAAAACAAGGAUUCUUUUUUAAACCUUAUGGAAUGUCAAAACUAGGAGUAACUGUUAUGACGUUCAUUCAACAAAGAGAAUUAAACUCAGAUCCUAGGGAAGAUAUUGUCGUUAAUGCUUGUUGUCCUGGCUAUGUUGCAACAGAUAUGACAUUACAUAAAGGCCCUAAGACAAUAACGGAAGGAGCCGAUACACCAGUGUAUUUGGCAUUACUAUCUCCAGGUACUACAAGUCCUAAAGGAGAUUUUGUGUCUGAUCGAACAAUUCAGAAUUGGGGAUAAAAGAACAAAUUUUCCACAUUUUGUAUUGUAUGAGCUUGUUGUUUAGUUAUUCAUAUAAUUUAUAUUUGUUGAAAUUUGUGUCAUGUCUAUUGAGAAGUUUAAGAUUUUAGAAUAAAUGGAAAUACAUCACUUAAA